CAAAUUUCAGUCCAAAAGAAAACAUCCUUAUUCACUAUUUGUUAACUUGUGAUUAAAAUAAAAUUUAUUUGUUCUCGUUUAACCGGUGCUAAGAAGCGCUCAUGAAUGAGGACCAUGAGGUGUUAUCCCGUUUUUUUUUAUUGAAAUGGAGGUCUAUCACUAAAUUCCGUAUUUUCUUGGUUCCUCCCUGAUCUCAUGCUGAGCCAAAAAUACAUUUUUUUUUAUAUAUGCCCCUUGACGUGAAAAAGAAAACUUAUCUUCUCUGUCAACCUGUAACUCUGUAAGUAAACACUGAAUUUUCUUUCUCAAAGUUUUUGAAUAAGAAUUCCGUUCCUUCUCCCAUUGUCUAAUCGGUUUAGCUUUCCUUUCCGGGGAUCUGUGAAGCCACAAAAUAUCUGCUUCGGACGCCAAUGAUUCUUUAAUUUGCUCUACUGUAACUUACCAACAAGUCGUUGUAGUAUAGUGGUAAGUAUUCCCGCCUGUCACGCGGGUGACCCGGGUUCGAUCCCCGGCAACGGCGCUUUUAUUUUUGGUUCCAGAAAUGGUUUAAUCUAGAUUUCUGCAAUCGUUUCUCCUAAGCUCGUACUAAUUUCUAUGGUAGUGCUCAUAUAUUUGUUGCAGCUAAAGAGCAUUUUGAUGUAAUGUGGAGUGUUCAUACCCCCUCACGCCCCCUCUUCUGCUCAUCUUCUCGCUCCAUCGCCGCCCCCAACGCCGCCGCUAGCAACCACAACCCCUUAAUACAAUCUUUAUGCAAGAAAGGUCAUCUGAAACAAGCUAUUCAUCUUCUCUCUCAGGAGCCCAACCCAACCCAACGAACCUACGAACUUCUUACAUUAUCGUGCGUUCAUAAAAAGUCGCUGCCCGACGCCAAAAAUGUUCACAGCAUGCUUAACAAAAAUGGGUUUGAUCGAGAUCCCUUCUUGGCGACUAAGCUCAUAAACAUGUACUCUGAAUUGGACUCCAUUUCCGAUGCCCGGCAAGUGUUUGAUGAAAUUCCUGACCGGACGAUAUACGUCUGGAAUGCUCUCUUUAGGGCAUUGACUUUGGCUGGUAAAGGCGAAGAGGUUUUUAGCUUAUACAGACAGAUGAACUCCAUUGGUGUCCCAUCUGAUAGGUUUACGUAUACGUAUGUGUUGAAGGCUUGUGUUACUUUUGAGUCAUCCGUCCUUCAGAUUGGAAAAGAAAUCCACGCUCAUAUUUUGAGACAUGGGUUUGAGACUCAGAUUCAUAUCAUGACUACUUUAGUUGAUACGUAUGCAAGAUUCGGCUGUCUGGAUUAUGCCACACAUGUUUUUCAUAUGAUUCCAGAUAAAAAUGUCGUCUCUUGGAGUGCUAUGAUAGCUUGUUAUGUAAAAAAUGGCAGACCCUCUGAUGCAUUGCACCUUUUUCAUAGGAUGGUUAAUCACAACAGUAAUCUGAUCCCUAACUCAGUAACAAUGGUGAGUGUGCUUCAAGCUUGUGGAGCAAUGGCUGCGAUUGAGCAAGGGAAGUUAUUACACGGAUAUGUACUCCGAAACGGACUUGACACAAUUACCCCUGUCAUUAGUGCCCUUAUUACCAUGUAUGCCCGGUGUGGAAAUCUCGAAACUGCACAAUCUGUAUUUGAUCACACGGAUAAGAACGAUGUGGUCCUUUGGAAUUCAAUAGUUUCAGGAUACGGGAUUCAUGGGCAUGGGCCCAAAGCCGUCGGAAUGUUUCAUGAAAUGCUUCAAAAAGGAAUCCCCCCAACUCCAAUAUCUUUCAUUAGUGUUUUGGGGGCGUGCAGUCAUGCCGGGCUUGUUGAGGAAGGGAUGGUGUUGUUUGAGUCCAUGAUGAAGAAACACGGAAUCUCUCCUAGCGAGGAGCACUAUGCUUCAGUAGUGGACCUUCUCGGGAGAGCUAACCGCCUAGAUGAAGCUUCUAGAAUCAUAGAUGACAUGCGGAUGGAACCAGGCCCUAAAGUUUGGGGAGCCCUUCUCGGGUCGUGUAGGAUUCAUUGUAAUGUUGGGCUAGCCGAGAGGGCGAGCCAGAGACUUUUCGAGCUCGAACCCACAAACGCGGGGAACUAUGUUCUUUUGGCUGAUAUUUAUGCAGAAGCUGGGUUAUGGGAUGAUGUCAAAAGGGUAAAGAAACUCUUAGACUCCAUAGGCCUGGAAAAACUCUCUGGUUGCAGCUGGAUUGAGGUCAGGAGGAAAAUGCACUCUAUCACAUCGCUUGACGAUAUUACCCCCCAAAUGAAGGAGGUUCAGGAAUUGUUGGUAAAGCUUUAUGAGGAGAUGAAGAAUGAUAGUUACCCAAUAAACAGGACAUGCAGUCUCGAAGGUGAUGAGGAAGGGGCCAUUUUAUUAAGUCACAGUGAAAAAUUGGCGGUCGGGUUUGGAUUGAUCAAUGGAAGUAAAGGUGAAGCUAUCAGGAUUACUAAGAACUUGAGGUUGUGUGAAGACUGUCACACUUUCACAAAGUACGUUUCCAAAGUUACCAGUCGUGAAAUUUUUGUUAGAGAUAUAAACCGUUUUCAUCAUUUCAGAGAUGGGAUUUGUUCUUGUGGGGAGUAUUGGUGAAUCCUUUCACGUUUUGUUUCAAAGACAUCUCAGUCUCUGAAAUACCGUAUUAGAAGGCAUCCAUGGCCCAUGGGCUUUAGGUUGUUCUUUCCAAUCAAAUUUUCUUUUAACUAAUUAUAAAGGAGUAGCUUCAUUUGAACGUUGUUCUAAAAAUAUUGUACUUGUAAGAAAAUGGAACGAUCUGAUUAGCUUGGUAAUACUAGGUAUACUAGUGUAAAGUCCGGGGCACUGCCCCGGUAGCGGCGCAU